AUGACUAACAACUACCAAACUGAAUCGGUAUGUUUAUCUGAAAUUUUCAGAUUUCCAAAAAAAAAAUAAUUUUUCAGUUGAAGAAAAUGCGAUUGCUCAUCAACUUCAUUUUGCUUGGCUGGAUUCAAUUAUCGAUUUUGUUGCUUUUUGGCCUUGUAGCUUACGGAUUGGAGAGUUUCAAGUUUAUGAUUUUGGUGAGUUUCUGAGUUAAAUUUUGGCGGGAAAUUCAAAAUUUCAUGUUUCUGGGCUUAAAAUUAUCGAUUUUCCAUGAAAAAUGGCGCAAAAUCCACCAAACAUGAUGAAUUUGGGCUCAUUUUCAGCUAAAAAUUUGAAUUUUUCAAGUUUCCGGGGUCAAUUUUGGCGGGAAAUUCAAAUCUACACUCAAAAUUAUCGAUUUUUGAUGAAAAAAGGUCAUAUUGCUCAUGUUAAACCUCAAAAGAGCGCAUUUGCCAAUUUUCAGCAAAAAAUUUGAAUUUUUCAAGUUUCCCGGGUCAAUUUUGGCGGGAAAUUCAAAUCUACACUUGAAAUUAUCGAUUUUUUUUUUGAAAAUUAGGUCAUAUUGCUCAUGUUAAACCUCAAAAACCUCCAAUAGAGCGCGAUUGCCAAUUUUCAACUAAAAAUUUGAAUUUUUCAAGUUUCCGGGCACAAUUUUGGGGGGAAAUUCAAAAUUUCAAGUCUACACUUGAAAUUAUUGAUUUUUCAUGAAAAAAGGACAUAUUGCUCAUGUUAAACCUCAAUAGAGCUCAUUUGCCAAUUUUCAACUAAAAAUUUGAAUUUUUCAAGUUUCCGGGGUCGAUUUUGGCGGGAAAUUCAAAUCUACACUUGAAAUUAUCGAUUUUUAAUGAAAAAUAGGUCAUAUUGCUCAUUUUAAACCUUAAAAACCUCAAUAGAGCGAAUUUGCCAAUUUUCAGCUAAAAAUUUGAAUUUUUCAAGUUUCCCGGGUCAAUUUUGGCGGCGGGAAAUUCAAAUCUACAUUUGAAAUUAUUGAUUUUUGAUGAAAAUAGGUCAUAUUGCUCAUGUUAAAUUCUAAAAACCCCACAAUUUCUCAAUAGAGCGCAUUUGCCAAUUUUCAGCAAAAAUUUGAAUUUUCCAAGUUUCCGGGGUCAAUUUUGGUGGGAAAUUCAAAUCUACACUUGAAAUUAUUGAUUUUUAAUGAAAAAUGGGUCAAAAUUGAUGAAUUUGGGCUCAUUUUCAACCAAAAAAUAUAUUUUUCAGGCUGCAAUCCAAGUUUUCAUCUCAAUCAUGUUCAUUUUCCAACAAAAAUCAUUCGUCUCAAUUCAUUACACGGCUCAAUUGAUUCUCCUCGUCUAUUCCUUGAUUAUUAUUUUGAUCAAGAUAUUUGGAGGUUAGUGUUCACGCGCUCCACCGAAAUAAACACGCAACGCAGACCGCGUCGCGCCACAACACACACAAAAAAAGGAGGGAAUUUGAAUCGUUCCCGUUUUUGUGUGUGUUGUGGCGCGACGCGGUCUGCGUUGCGUGUUUAUUUCGGUGGAGCGCGUGGUACCGAUGAGAUUUUCUGCAGGAAUCUCCACGAGCUCCUUCGACAUUUUCCAACUUGUCUUCUGCUCCGGAACCAACGAUCUCAUCAUCUUCGUCCAAAUCUUCUACUUCUCAUGCGUCAUUCAAUAUCUCGAAUUCCUCACCGAAAAAUCGGAGAAAAAAUCGGAAAAAACCAAGAUUUUCCAAUUUGUCUAA